UGUUAGCUAAGUGAAAAAAAAAUAAUCUUUUUAUUUUAGGUAGUUUAGACAAUACAGUCAUGUGUUGGGAUUUAAAAUCCAGGUCUCAAGUUCCCAUACAAACUUUAAAAGAUGCCAAGGAUUGUAUUACUUCAUUACAAGUAACUGAUAAUGAAAUUCUCACAGGGUCUGUAGAUUGUUCUUUUAGGAGAUAUGACUUGAGAAAUGGCAAAUGUGAUGUAGAUUUUGUUGGAGCUCCAGUAAUUUCGGUAUAUUUUUCACAUGAUGGACAGUGUAUUUUAGUUGGAUCAGCCGAUGAUACAGUUAGAUUAUUUGAUAAAACUUCAGGAGAAAUGUUAGGAGAAUAUACAGGACAUCAAACACAGGACAUGAAUGUAGAAAGUGCGAUAAUCACGAAUGACAAUUUUAUUUUAUCAGGAUCGUUAACAGGUGAACUAUGGUGUUGGGACUUGGUUAGUUCUGAAGUAGUUAAAAAGUUUAUACACACUCCAAACAAGGUUUUAAAUACGUUAAAUGUCCAUCCUAGAAAAGACAUUGUUAUGACCGCUUCAGUAGGAUCAAUUAAAAUUUGGGGAAAACCAGAUGAUUUAAUAGUAGAUGAUGUAAUUACAGAUGAUUAAAUCGGUAUUUGUUAUAUAUCAGUAGUUUGGAAAAAGAGAAAUCAAUAGAAAUGAAAAUGCCUCCAAGGAUUGGAUAUAAUGGGAAUCUAAAGCCGACACUUUCCCUACAAGGUAUAGCUAAGACAAGGAGAAGAAAUAACUAAACGAAACAAACUCCGAAUAUUCUAUUUGGAAUUAUUACCUUAUGAUGCUCACAAAAAAAAUUUACAAUAGACUAAAUAUUUUAAGAAUUAUGAUAAUUAAACAGAGUUUCAAAUGAUAGAAGCUCAUUAUUUCAAAACGAAACAAAAAAGUCAUUUAGUUCGCUGCCGCUGAUGUAGUAAUAAAUAUUUUAUAUGAAUCUGUGUUAUUUUUCUUAUUAAAAAUCUGUUGUGUCCAACAAAUGACUUUCAUGUCUAGUUAUUACAGGUUUUUUAGUUAUUUUGUAUGACCUAUUGUAUCAUC